UGUAUCUGUCAUGGGGUUUUUCCUGCCGUGCAUACCAUGGCAGCUCAUGAUUAUAUGCACUUCCCGAGCCCGUUUAAUUUUGUAUUUAUAACGCGCCCAGUGUCGUUUCCACACACCUCAAAAAAGUACUGAACCAAAAAACCAAAACCAGCAAGUGAAAGGAAUUUGUGCAGCUAUAUGCAUGUAUUGUGAAAGUGAAUUUAUUUUAGUAAUUUCCAAAAUUGUGUGUGAAACACCACUUCAAUGAGACUAAAUGGUCAGCUCAUAAUGUUGUAAUUAGAACUCAUGAUGGAAAACUACGGCUACAAGACAUCAACGCUGCAGCAAAACAUACUAUUCAUUGUCCUGUGAAAAAUCGAUUUUAGUUAUCCUGUGCUGUCAUAUCUCGAGCUUUCGCUUUCGCUUUCAGUUUCACAUUGUAGUGCAAACAAUCCUCAGCAGGCACCAGGACACUUUUGAAGAGGUUCAUGUAGCGUUGAGGAGCGUUGGAAUAGCUACCAUCUUGCGUAUGAAUAAAGAUGAUUGUUACGUCUGCUUCUGGCGUGGAUAACACUCCGACGUUGGGUACGGUUGAGGUUACCACUCUCCUGGGUGUUUUUUUUGGUGUUCUUGUCCUCCUGCUGCUCCUGUUCUUGUACAUAAGCCGCAAGUGCUGCUUUCACCAUCGCCAUGGCAUCAGCUGCUGCGACGAGCGUCACCUGGCAGCAAAAUGUGUGCAGAAGAUUACACGCAAGCGGCGCUACGAGAACACAAGCUCAGACUCGGAGGAGGACAUCCUGCGCCGCCUGCGAUGGCAUCAGCAAAACCAGCACAGCGACAAGCCCAUGGGCUAUGGGAUGAGCAUCAGCCAAGCCAACCCCCUGACAGCGCACAGCUUCAAUUAUCAUCAAUCCGACGCUGACCUGCAGAGGGUGACCGUUACGCGUGACCCUUUGGCAAUUGCCGAAAGGGGCAAGGUCGGCAUUCCAUCGUCGCACAGCGAGUGCAGCUCGAAUGACUCUAUAGAGGCAUCUGUUGACAGUCAUACCGGCAUCUUGACGGGCGAGACGGCCAAGGACUCAGCUCAUCCAGUCAACGCCUUUAGGAAUCCAUACACGGAAAACCGUGUCAAGACACACUCCCAGAGGUACCAUCACAGGGUUGAGGUUUUGUCGCCGAAACUGGAGAAGGAUAAUGCUGUGGUGGUGAUGCCUCUGGUGAAUAGUUUGGUAAACAACAACAACGCUACCACCUUCAACAAUAACAGCCACAACAUCAACCACAACAACAGCAACAGCAACAACAACAACGAUGACGAACCUUUGUUCGACACCAGCGAUCUGCGUUCUGUCAAGUCAGAUGACAUGGUCGACCCGAAGGCACCAGCCUCGCGAGGACCGAUCGAGCUGGAGAUGUCGCUGCUGUAUGACGCCCCGAUGAGGAAAAUGACGGUACACGUGAUGCAGGCGCGAAGCUUGCCGCCGCUGGGCAACGGCCAGCAGACGCACACGCAGGUGCGCAUGCUGAUGCUGCCCAAUAAAAAGCAGAAGCACAAAACAAAAAUCCGCAGUGGGGAGAAUCCGCAGUACAUGGAGAGCUUCCUGCUGCACCGUGUCAAUCCGGAGGACGUUAACAACAUGGGCCUGAGAGUACGCCUCUAUGGCUGCGAACGACUGAGAAAGGAGCGCUUGAUUGGGGAGGCGUAUGUAAGCUUUGCAACGGUCGACCUGGAGCUCGAGACCAACCUUUGGCUACCGCUGGAGCCGCGCAACACCUCAUCGGUGCUGGGAUCGACGAGCGAUCUACUGAGCCUGGCGCGGUCAGAGAGCGCGGGCUCCACCUCAUCCAUGCAACAUGGCGGCGUCUCGGAGCUGCUGAUGGGCCUCAGCUACAACGGUGUGACUGGCCGGCUGAGUGUGGAGAUCAUCAAGGGCAGCCAGUUCCGCAGCCUGUCGCUAAAUAAGGCGCCCGACACGUACGUGAAGAUGGUCAUGGUUAGCAGCAUAGGUCAGGAGAUUUCGCGGGCCAAGACCUCCAUUCGCAGGGGCCAGCCCAAUCCGCUUUUCAAGGAGACAUUCGCGUUCCAGGUGGCCCUGUUCCAGCUCAACGAUGUCACGCUGAUGAUCUCGGUGUAUGCCAAACGGCACAUGAAGAAGAACGAAAUGGUCGGAUGGUUUAGCCUGGGUCUAAACUCAUCCGGACCAGAGGAGGUAGCCCAUUGGGCAGAUGUGUGCGAAAUGCCGAAGGGCGAGAUGCUGGCCCGCUGGCACGUGCUGGUCGAUUCCUGAUUCGAGCAGUUGGGCCAGUCCUCGGGACGCAGCAGCAAGGCGCUCAAGAAACUGGGCUUCGCUGCGUUCAAGGACAGGUCCAAGGAUAAACAUGCAAAGGAGUCGAGUCGGGAUGAGGAUAGCGAUCAAUUCCCUGCAGACAAUGCGGUUGCAGUCGACAUUGAGCCGGGCCUGGAGCUCGAUUUUGUCUAGAACCAAAUUCCCGACCUGCUCCACGGUCAGCAUACAUUUUGUGUCUUGUUUUUACGGGGUGCGGUAAUCGAUCGAAUCGAAUCGAACCGGAGCGAAGAUUGAUUGCCUGGUGCCUGUGGCAGCGUGUUUAACUUAAUCAUGGGUGAAACCAAUUGAGAAAUCAAUUUUUGAUAUCUGAACAGAAAUGUUUGGAUCUAACCCUACAUAGGGCAAAACAAAUAUUUGUAAUUUGGAAACAAUUUGGAACACAUUUUUUGAUCAAAUGUGAAAUAUGAAGAAAACAAAAACAAAAAUGAAACCUAGAAUAUUGAAUUUUUGUACGCAAUGGUACGUAAGGUACAUGAAAGAACUUAAAUUAUUACUCAAAUUUGAACUUUAUAAUUGUUUGUGAUAAUGAAUACUAUAUGAAUAGCAUAGCCCAAGGGCCCAAGGUAUGCAUACGACACACAAGAGCACAACUCUUAGAUGUUGGAAUGGAGAAUUUUUGUAAUUACACCUUUCUGCAUAUUAACUUAAAAAAUAUUGAUUUCCGCAGGGAAACCGAACCCCAAUGUCUUAUACGACUAGCACUUUUGUAUUACCAAACAACAAAAAAGUAAAGUAUUAAAGAAGAAAACACUCGUUAAUAGGAGGAAUAAUAUUCAAUACAUGCGAGACAUUCAUACCAUUCCAUACCAUACCCAAAAAGAUGAAUGCAUAAGUAUACAAACAAACCUACUUCUUGAAAUUUUUCUCGAGAACCAAGGUCAUGUUCCAGUUUUGAUAUGAUGAU